AUGUCGUCCGAACCACUGUCAAGCCCUUCCCCGCCGAAUCGGUCAGAGCUGACUGAGCGUGUGGAGUACUCGUCUUCACCACCUGCAUCAUCGCAAGGAACGUCGUUGCUGACGACUCCAUCACCUCGUCCUCGCGGCACUGCUGUCGACUUUAUUCAAGUAGACUGGACGCGCUUGGGCCGCCAAGAAUUGGCAAAAUGGCCUGGAUUCGAGCGUUAUACCGGCGGCCAGGAUACGAGGGCGUGGUGGCAGCAAUACGGGUAUCGUGUCGAGGACAGGUCCACUUCGCGCCAGGGCAACAGGCUAAAGUGGAUUUGCGCCGAUUGCUUCGCUCGAGGCUUCAAGAAGAAGUCAGACUUCUGCUUCGUCUGCUCGACGGGAGCCGCUAUCAAGAAGCACCUUCGUAACGCCCACGGAAUUCUGGCCCCAAACGACGUUGCAGGAGGCGUGCGAGCCUCAUCUCUGGACGGCCGACUCAUCACCCACUUCAUCGGUGCCGACUUCAAUAACCCGCACGACCAGUUCCUUGUCAGCAAGCUACGGGGGAGAUUCAACAGCAAGGGGCUCCUGGUACUCCUACUCGACUGGAUCACAUAUCAUAAUCUGCCAUUCGAUAUCGUCAACACCGAGAGGUUCCAACGGCUCCUUCUCUACGGCAAUCCGCUCCUUGAUGCGACCCAUAUCCCUCCGGGAAGACGCUACUUCGCAUGCUCGAAUCUGAAUACAGAGGUGCAGUCGGGCCCGUCCUACACUGCAUUUCUGGGCAUCAAUGCUCAAUUCAUUGAUCACGACUUUGCCCAACACCGCAUUCUCUUGGGACUGCGACCUCUCUCGGGCAAGCACAACGGUGCCUCGCUUGCCGAUGAAGUCGCCGACACACUGGCAUUCUGGCAACUCAAUAACCCGGACACGGUCGGCUACUUCACGCUGGACAAUGCUGCCAGCAAUGACACUUGCAUGGAAGACCUUGCCUUUGAGCACGGCUUCUCACCCGAAGAGCGGCGGAUCCGCUGCGCUGCGCAUAUCCUCAACCUCUGUGUGCGGGCAAUGCUGUACGGUUCGAAGCGAGAGAAUUUUGCAGCAAUUGUUGCUGCCGAUGGCGAUGAUCUAGAUGACGACGAGGAACAAGUUGAUCAAGCUAUUGACGAGGCCCUGAAUGGAGAGAUGGAGGACGGUACGGACGAAGACCCCGGAAGCACUGCCGUUGACAUCACAGACGAGGACCUCAUAUCGUCCCACCCGGCUCCGGAGGAGAUCAACGCAGCCAGCUUCAGGGAGUACAGUCAGAACGGCGCCCCCGGAAUGCUUCAUAACAUCGGUCUUCAGCUGCGAAACACGCAGCUGUACGAACAGUUCCUUCAAUCUCAACGUAAGGAAUCCGGCCACGGAACGACACUUCACUGGGCCUUCAACAAUGCUACCCGGUGGAACUCGGACAUGCGUAUGAUGGAACGGGCCCUUCGACUCCGCCCGGCGCUCAAUACCUUCUUCAAUGACGUACAGAACAGGUGGGAAACCGAGGGCCUCUGUGAGAGAACGAAGCCGGCAGUUCUGCAGUACCGCUUAAGCGCGUAUGACUGGAAAGUCAUCGAGGUACUUAUCAAGCUUCUGAAGCCGUUCGAGAUCGCCACCAAGCAACUUCAGGGCAGUGGUGUUCCCGGCGGUAGGUCCACAUGUGGCAGUUCCGAUGAAUACUUCCCCGUUUUUGAGAUCUUACUUGACCACCUCGAAAGUGCUAUCGAGGGCACAAUCUUCGAAGAGGUUGAGGAUCCAGUGACUAGGGAGAAGAAGGACGUCGAAGUAGCCAUUUAUGACGGGCUCGAUAGCAGGACCCGCAGGUUGCUCAAGGUCUAUAUCAAGCUCGGAUGGAAGAAGCUACAUAAAUAUUACAGCCGGCUGACUAGCGCUGCAUACGUCGGGGCCGUUGUCUUCAAUCCCGCGAAAAAGUGGCGCCUUCUCGAUCAACUCUGGUCUCGAGUACCGUCUCGGAAGACGAAGAGUUGGCGGUCGGAAUACGAAGCGAAGCUCUUGGAGAUCUGGGAGAAGUAUAGGGAGCGCGACGUUGACAACGAGGUCCUCGCUACGUCUGAAGAGGCCUCCAUGGGUUACAUUGAGCGGAGACUUGCUAGGACUGUAGCUGGGUCGCCAUUCAGCCAGGGCUCGUGCGGAGCGUCAGGUGCCCGCAAGAGUAACCGAAAGACGAAACCGUCUGCGGCGGGAGCGACUGGUGAUGACGAAUAUGCUCGAUAUUGUGCAGAGGACGUUGUCAACAGCCACCACUACAGAAGCAGACCGAUUGACUGGUGGAAGAUCAACCGGAGCCGAUAUCCACGUCUGUCUCUGAUGGCAGUGGACAUGCUUACGAUUCCAUCGACGUCCGCGGAAAGCGAGAGGACGUUUAGCAGUGCAGGACGUAUGACGGCACCAUUGAGAAGCAGGCUGCGGAGGGAGAUCGUAGCGAUGGCUCAAUGCAUUCGAUCGUGGAGUAAAGCUGGGAUCUACACGCCUUCCCUGCCGCUAUUUAGUCUGAACGAGGAUCAAUGGGUUGAUGCUCUUGCGUCGCUAAAGGGGCCGAAUGAUGUUUGA